GGGGUCGGAACUAUAGUUUGAGAUUACUGUUCCGGGUAGGCUUUGUUUUUCUGAGACACCGAUGCAAUGGCUGUCAAGCAGCAGGCGCCUCAGUUUAUGUGAAGUUACCUCUUGUAAAGUUGUGAUUUAGCAGCUAUUUAGAUGUGAUGUGAUGUCGGACAAGCGUCAGCGCGCCAGAGUCCAGGGCUCCUGGGCCAAACAAGUGCCAAAACACACAGCACCAACAGGUACAGUUCCAAAGAACCAUCAACCCAGAAAUUCCAACCAAGUCCCUAGUUCUUGGGGUUUGGGGCAACAGAAGACGUCUCAGACAUUUGAGUUUCAUCAGCCCACUAAGCCAAUUAGAGAUCUUCCACCCGAGAGGUUGAUAGAACAUGCAGGCGAUUAUGAGAUCAGCCACGGUCCGUCUGGAGUCUCCAGACUGCGGCUGAUGCCUGGGUUUCUUUCCCCAGAGGAGGCUGACUGGAAGUUCAGUAAACUGUUAGCAGAGCUUCCCUGGUCUCAGAAAACCAACUAUAGACAGGGUGAGGCAUAUGACGAGCCCAGGCUGACCUGCUGGUAUGGAGAGUUGCCCUAUACGUACGCUCAAUCCACCUUGGCUGCCAACACACAGUGGCAUCCGUUGCUGUUAACCCUUCGUGAGGCAGUGGAGCAGGCGAGCAGCAGCAGGUUCAACUCGCUGCUAUGUAACUUGUAUCGGGACGGCCAUGACAGUAUUGGCUGGCACAGUGACGAUGAGGCCUCCUUGGGUGCCAAACCCACAAUCGCCUCGCUCAGUCUGGGGGACACAAGAGUGUUCAGCCUUCGAAAGCAGCCUCCACCGGAGGAGAACGGUGACUACACUUAUGUGGAGCGAAUUCGGCUUCCUCUGAGUCAUGGGACACUUCUGCUGAUGGAAGGAGCCACACAGGACGAUUGGCAGCAUCAAGUGGCUAAAGAGUACCAUGACCGUGGCCCGCGGAUCAACUUGACCUUCAGAACUAUUCAUCCAGAGCUGGAGGGCCACAGGCCGGGGACCAAGCUUCGCUUCACUGCUGAGCAACAGUAAACUCCCCUCAGAGUCAGGUACUUCAGACUUAGGAAAGUGCAGAUUUCAGCUGUUGGAGUAACACACCACUGAGUUAUAGACCAUGGUGUGACUAACAGCUUCCUCCAACUGAAACAGAGAGAUUUGCAGCUCUGCCUGGAUUCAACUGUUGCAUAAGUGAAGCCACAAUAAUACCUCAGUUGUGACCAGUGGUGUUUAUCAGAUAUCAGUGGUUUCAGAGAAGCUGUGCACCAGAAUGGGUAAUAAUGAGGACUUAAAGGCUCGGAGAGAGGUCAACUCUGAAUAUUGUUUUGAUUGUAUUUAUUCUUUCAGAAGCUUAGAUGGUUGUUUCAUUUCAGACAGAAGUUUUAGUCGGUAUGUUGCAGGCUGUAACUCAGCAACCAGCACUGAGCAUGGCACUUGAUACCACAAUAACUUUUGUGCCAAGUUCAGUCUGUGGGAAGCUCGAAGGUGGCAGCUCCUAAAGUGGUGUAAAUAAACUGCAUUUUGAUUAUAGAUUUUGAGUAUAGAUAAGUUAGGUGGGGUAAGGUUUGAAUGAUCAGUGAGUGCAAAUAAAUAUUCACAUGCCAUGAAAAGUGUCGAUACAGUGUCCAGAGUGUUCUCUGUACAGCAAGUCACUGCUACUGUGUUUGUGUGAUACUUUGUAAAAUGUAAACAGUUUCCUGACUUGUUUAUCUCAUUGAGCUUUUGGAAAGAGUGUGGUUGCUAUAAAAAGAGGGAGGAACCAGUAAAGUGGCCACUUGGGUCAGUUAAGACAAAUAAGACAAUAAGUCAUGACAUUGCUUUAACAGAUCAUACAACAAUUCUCACACAACAAGCAUAAGUAGUAGAUUACUACAGGAGUUUUUAUGGGAAAAAUAAUCUUUGUUAUUUGGUUGUGUUCCGCUACAGUGACGUCUGAAAAUCCAUGAGUUGAAAGAAGUACAUGUCACGAUGGAAUGUUCUGUUUAUUAUGUAACAUAAAUAAUGCAACUUCUUGAUUGCUGUGUUUCUGAAAUAAACUAAAUGUGUUCUCAGUUGAAA